GCCGUAUAAAUCCAAAUUCCAAAAAUUCCCCAAAAAUCCAUCACUCUCGUUCGAAUCGAACUGUGUAGAGAGAGAUAACUCCAGAAGGAAAUUCGAGGAAGGGGUUCCCCUUUUCUCAAAUUCCCCUCUUCUCGAGUCACAAUUUUUCUGUAUCUAUAGUUUUUAUAUAUAUACGUACGCAGUUUGUUUGCGCGCGCCAUGGAUUUGACUCGUCGAGCACCUCUUGAUGCUAACGGGAGCUGCGCCGCCGUUUUGGAGCAGACGGAGAAGGGUAAUCGACCGCCGCCGCCGCCGCCCGAUUUGUCGAUGGUGGAUCCGUUUCUCGUUGAGGCUCUCCAAAACCCUCGCCAUCGUUUAACCAUUCUACGGAUGGAGCUCGAUAUACAGAAGUUCUUGCAAACUUCUGCUCUGCAGCAGUUCGAAUUUCCACACUUCCCGACUUCAUAUCUUCGUCUUGCAGCGCACCGUGUUGCUCAACACUACGGUCUGCAGACUAUGGUUCAAGAUACUGCCCCCGAUGGUCAAGGGGUCCAAAUUCUGGUUAUAAAGAACCAAGAGAGUAAAUUUCCAGCUGUCUGCUUGUCAGAAGUUCCAGCAAAAGAAUCGGAAAAUGAUAAGCCCGAUCAAAUGAAGAUUGUCAUUAGACCAAGACCAAAAUCUUCAUCUAGUGACACAAGCGAACUAGGGAAUAAACGCAGUCCUGUAAGAACGGUGGAAGAGAGGAAGGAAGAGUAUGACAGAGCACGAGCUCGUAUUUUCAGUAACGGUAAUUAUGAAUCAGAAGGCGGGUUGUCUCGGUCUGCUUCAGAUGGAUUUAAUUCGAGCAUAGACGAUAAUGAAAUUGGUAAUUCCUCUAAAGUCGCAAUUAUUAGAGACAGGGAGAAAGAUCGCACCGACCCUGAUUACGAUCGCAGUUACGACAGAUAUGUUAGGAGUUUCCCAAUCACUCAGAGUUUCGGCAUGGAACCUCUUAGUAUACACAAUUUCCCGCCUCCGUUUAUCCAAUACAAUUCCGGUUUUCAACAUCUGGGCCAUCAGAUACAUGCUCCUCAAGCUCCCGUUAACUACAGGACCCCGACAAUGAGUCCAUACUGUGAAAUGGGAUUGAAUCAGAAUCCUCCUGGGAAUGGUUUAUAUAUGCAGUGGCCAACGCAAUCCAUGAUGUACGCUCAAUCAUAUGAUCAACUAAGACAUGCCUAUUUUCAGGCACCUUUCUAUCAGCAGCCUCUAAGUUUUGAUUACUCACAGAAUAAUCGAUAACAGUCGUAUUGUCCUUUGAUAAUUGUCUGUAUUCAUUAGUGUGUUAAAGACAAUUAAAUUUGAUCUUAUAAAUUUAGCUUGUUUUACCUUUUUGAUUGAUAUUAAGGUGAUCUUAUGGACUGUUUGUUUUUAUGAUACUUAUAAUUUGUUGCUACUUGUUAUUAUUAAUAUUGUUCGCGUG